CCCACGUGAGAUUUAAUGGAGAAUAAUUCUUUCAUUUUUAACUGGACGGUAAAAACCUGUAAAUUCAACGACUAUAUAAGGGACCCCGUCACUCCCUCUCAGCCUGCAUCUCCAUUUUUUCUCCCUUCGAUGAGUUUAGCAAUGGCAAUUCUCAAACGAAACCCUAAUUUUGUCUCUCUAAUCCUAAUCUCUCUCGUCGCCAUUGCCUACGGUGAAGUUUUCUUUGAAGAACGCUUCGAAGAUGGAUGGGAAAGUCGGUGGGUAAAAUCUGACUGGAAGAAAGAUGAGAACAUGGCUGGGGAAUGGAAUUACACUUCUGGAAAAUGGAAUGGAGAUCCUAAUGACAAAGGUAUUCAAACUAGUGAAGACUACAGGUUCUAUGCUAUUUCAGCUGAGUUCCCAGAAGUUAACAACAAGGACAAGAUUCUAGUCUUCCAAUUUUCUGUCAAGCAUGAGCAGAAGCUUGACUGUGGUGGUGGCUACAUGAAGUUGCUCAGUGGUGACAUUGACCAGAAGAAAUUUGGUGGUGAAACCCUAUACAGCAUCAUGUUUGGGCCUGAUAUCUGUGGCUACAGUACCAAGAAGGUACAUGCUAUUCUUACCUACAAUGGGACAAACCACUUGAUCAAACAGGAAGUUCCUUGUGAGACUGACCAACUCACUCAUGUUUAUACAUUCAUUCUCCGUCCUGAUGCUACCUACAGCAUUCUUGUUGAUAAUGUUGAGAAACAAACUGGUAGCUUGUACACUGAUUGGGAUCUUCUCCCACCGAAGAAGAUUAAGGAUCCUGAAGCCAAAAAGCCUGAAGAUUGGGAUGAGAAGGAGUACAUCCCUGAUCCUGAAGACAAGAAGCCAGAGGGUUAUGAUGACAUUCCCAAAGAGAUUCCUGAUCCUGAUGCUAAGAAGCCUGAAGAUUGGGAUGAUGAAGAAGAUGGUGAAUGGACACCCUCAACAAUUCCCAACCCUGAGUACAAGGGUCCCUGGAAGCCAAAGAAAAUCAAGAACCCCAAUUACAAGGGCAAGUGGAAGGCACCAAUGAUUGACAACCCAGAUUUCAAGGAUGAUCCUGAUCUCUAUGUUUUCCCCAACUUGAAGUAUGUUGGUAUUGAAUUGUGGCAGGUGAAAUCUGGAACAAUGUUUGAUAACAUCUUAGUUGCUGAUGAUAUAGAGUAUGCCAAGAAACUAGCUGAAGAAACAUGGGGCAAGCAGAAGGAUGCUGAGAAGGAAGCAUUUGAGGAGGCAGAGAAAAAGAAAGAGGAGGAGGAUUCAAAGGACGAUCCAGUUGAUUCUGAUGUUGAGGAUGAUGAUGAUGAUGAUACUGAUGAUGCUGAAGGAAAUGAGUCUGAUUCUGACACCAAAUCAGACGCAAGCAAAGACAGUGCUGAGAUAAAGGAAGAACCUGAGAAAGAUGUUCACGAUGAGCUGUAAGGCAAGAGCACUGCAAUAUUUUGCUGACAAUUUGGUUUGGAGAUAAAAGCGCCACAAGUGCUCUUAAAAAUUUUUCAUUUUUUUUUAAAUUUGUAGUCGUGUACGAGUUUCGUGUUAGAGGAAAAAGGAAUUGCAUGCUUCUGACUGAUGCGUUUUAAAAUGGUUUUAACUGUCUGAACAAAGAGGCAGAUGUUUUCUAUGAUCAGUAGAUUUUUCCAAUAGUUUGAACAAUUCAAGUUCCAAUGGUGUCAUAUGAUCAGUAGAUUUUUCCAAUAUUUGAACAAUUCAAGUUCUCAAUUGCAUCUUGCUUCAUUCCAAUGGUGUCAAUUGCAUCUUGCUUCAGUCUUUUCUUUAAUUCAUUUACUAGAAAUAAAAUAGGAACAAAAUGCCAGCCCCAAUCUUAUUGUU